AUGGCCUCUCCUCCAACCAUCGCUCUUGCUCUCGUUCUCUUCCUCUCCAUCGUUCACUUUCCUUCCGUGAGAGGUAAUAGAAUCUCUCCCUCCCGCCCUCUCUCUCUCUCUCUACAUACCUUCCUUUAUGACGUAUGUAUUAUUGAGGGGUGACGGGCGUGUUUUGGUUUCGUCGUCGCAGGGUCGCCGGUAGAGUGCGAGGAGCUGCCGCAGGAUCUCUGCGCAUUCUCUGUGUCGACACAGUCGAAGAGGUGCGUGCUGGAGAGUGCACCACGGGCAGAUGGGACGACGGAGUACCAGUGCCGUACGUCGGAGGUGAGGGUGGAGAAGCUGGCGGACUGGAUCGAGACCGAUGAGUGCGUGAGGACCUGCGGCGUUGAACGCGAAUCUGUGGGCAUCUCCUCCGACUCCCUCCUUGACCAGGAGUUCACCGCCAAGCUCUGCUCCCCCGCGUGCUACCAGAACUGCCCCAACAUUGUCGACCUCUACUUCAACCUCGCCGCCGCCGAAGGUAAGAACAGGGUGGACAAUCGAGUUCCAACGACAUUAUGCUGAUAGCCGAUCUGAUGGCCCACAGUAAACGAUACCUUCCGUCUCGGCAUGCACGUUGUAGAACGUGACGUGCAUGGAAUGGGCUACGAGGAUCUUGCGAAAACGUGUGAUAUACCCUACCCCCAACCAUCUUUAUCUCCCGCGAAUGAACUUCCAGCUGGGGGACGAUUGAGUCUUGUGGGGAGAAGGGUAGGUGGUAAAGAACGGGUUGGGAUAGGAGAUCUUUCCACCUUUCUUGAGGAAGAAGACGGCUCCUCGUGGAGCUUUCUCUCUUCUUGUGGUUCACUCUCCUUAGCGCAGGGUGAUGGAAUAGCUUCCCCCCGUUGACUCGGAAGGGGCCGCUGGUGGGGCCUCAUAAGCGCGUUCGUCGCGACCGCGUGCUCUGGAGAUCCUCUUUCUGACCACGGCUUCUGCUUUUGAAUGUGCAGGUGCGUUCCUACCGGAUCUCUGUGCAGCACGGCGGUCAAACCCCCGCCGGUCCAUGAGAGGAGUCGCGCUCGCCCCAGGCUCCGGGCCACUGGAUUCCAUCGCGUUUGAGGACGCCCCCGGGCCCUUGGGCCCCGAGCCCACCCCCGGUCCUACCGCCCCAGCUCCCGCCGUCGAAACCAUUCCUCCGGUUGCCGUCUAA